UUUGUGUUUACUGUACACAGCGGGCCCUGAUAACAUUGCGCAGCGACACCAGGUGUAGUAGACACAGAGCACAGCACCGAGUGCAUGGCUGGCCAGGGCAGCUCGUCCUGUGGGACCCCUUGUCUGUAUGACGCCCCCCUCCGAAGCGCUGAGCAUGCGCUCCCUCCUCACCCAUCCAUUAAUGCCCAGGUUGGAGGUCUCUGUCCGGGGGUCGGCCGGCCGUAUCUGUGUGAGAGCGGCCACUGCUGCGGGGAGAGCGGCUGCUGCACCCACUACUACGAGCUGUGGUGGUUCUGGCUCCUGUGGUCGGCUCUGAUCCUGCUGAGCUGCUGCUGUGUUCUCCGCCAUCGCAGAGCCAAGUAUCGCCUGCAGCAGCAGAGGCAGCACCAGAUCCACCUGAUCGCCCUCCAGCGCGCCUCCCCCUCCCCCCCGUCCGUGCUGGAUCUCCGGGCAUUAGCAUCCUGCAAACUGCCAGCCUAUGAGGAGGUGGCAUGCCGUCCCACCACCCCUCCACCCCCUUACAGCGCCGCCCCCCCGACCUCUCCACCCCCUCCAUCGCAUGCCGCCAGCCUCAGCGUGGACCCCCCCGCCAGCUGCUCCUAUUCUGUGCAGGUUACGGACGAGACGGACACCAGCCACGGAACUACCCCCGGCGAGGGGGGCAGCUGGCCCCGGAGCCCCGAGGAGGGGGGGGAGUGUAGGCCACUCUCCAGGCAGCCUGCCUUCUCGCCAUAUGUGGACUUCUUUGGAGGCAGCGGCCACCCCUGCUGGGAGGAGGAUCAGUGCUCCAGAUGCAGCCGGCUGACUGGAGGCUCUGGCACAGACGUUUGCCGCUGCCACGUCCGGGAGGGCGAGGAGACCCAAGAUGCCCCUGGGGUGGAGCGGGGCCGGGGAGCCACCGGGUGACAAAGGGCCAGCCGAGGCCAGCGGUGUUGGAAAGCUGUCCGUGGAGCGGCUGGUGGCUGGACCCGCGCCGGUGGCUUUGGCCCUCGUCCUCCUGGUCGGAUCCUGAAAGAUCGACAGUAUGGAGAGUUCUGAAGAGGAACUGCCCCGGGGUAAAUAAUAAUAUUUAUUCUGCCCCAGCAUACAGCUGGGGCAGAUCCCCCUGGUCUCCUGUCAUGUCUCUGUAUCAGAAUCCCCCUGUCAGCCCGGGCAGGGCGAGGGGGGCAACUUCUACCACGUGAUGGAGCAGCAACUAAACACCUGGAAAGCGGGGCAGUUCCCCUGAAGGGUUAAGUUGCCCCAAAAGCCCUCGGGCCGUCCCUGGGGCAGAUUGUGCAGAGCUGAUUAAUGGGGGGGGUCUGUUUCUGCCCAAUAAAGCAUUUAAAGACA